UUGAUUUCCUUUUGUGGAAAUUUUGAUUUUCGUUGUUGUUUGGCGAAAACUACGGAGAGACGCAAAUGGCGCCAAACGUACAACUUAGGUCUUCUGCAUCAGAAAGUAACGAAUGUUUGAGAAACGAAGAUAACGACCCAUUUCUAUUAGAUUGGAGUCCUUGCUCUCUCGAGGAACACUUGAAAAAGGCCAAUUGUAAGCGAAAUCCAAGCUGUGUAUUUGGUCUCGGAGAAAACUCUCCAGAAGGAGUUUUGCAAGUUGAAAAAAUGGCAAAAAAGUUACAUGAAACCGCUAUUCAAGGUAGAAAGAAUGAAGAAAUACCCUUUGCGGGUCUACGAAAUUUAGGCGCGACUUGCUAUGCAAACGUAGUUUUGCAGUUUUUGUUCUUUCUUCGUCCGUUCAGGGAAGCUAUUUUAAACAUAGAUACUGAUUUAUCACAGUACAAAAACUCUGGAGAUUACGAGCACUGUACUCACAGCUCACAGAACCAAACCAAUCAGUUGGAAAAGUCAAUAAUGGAACUUCAGCUACUAUUUGCCACGCUUCUCAAGGGCCACGGUAGUUGUGUAUCACCCAAAAAGUUUCUAGAGGCAUUGGACUUGACUACUUUUGUGGAGCAAGAUAUCCAAGAGUUUGUUAACUUGUUACUCUCGUUGGUGGAGAAGUAUCUUCAUAACUCUCCUACGAAAACAUAUGAAACUCUUAUCUCUGACGUUUUUCAAGGUAGCAGAAGAUUUGUGACUACGUGUCACUCCUGUGGGCAAGUCUCCGAAGCUUCAAAAACUGAUUCCAGUUUUACAGAAUUACAAGUUUCGGCGUAUCAUCCUGGUUCGAUUGAAGACGCAUUGUCAAAUAUGGUUAUGGAGGAGCUUUUAACUGGUGAUAAUCAAUAUCUAUGUGAGUUUUGCAAUGGAAAAAGAGAUGCCUCUCGCAAAAUGGUUUUUGAUAAACUCCCUCCCGUUCUAAUGUUGCAACUACUAAGGACCACUUUUGACUUAACCAGCGGUGAGAAGAGAAAGACACAUGCUAAAGUUUCUUUUCCAUUGGAAAUGGAUGUUCAUGAACUACUUAACAUGGACACUAAUGAAGUGAAAACUUAUCGAUUAAAGGCUAUAUGUUUUCAUCGUGGUUCAAGUGCAUACUGCGGACACUACACAGUGCAGCUUUUUGAUGAUUCGAGCAACAAAUGGUUUGAGUUUGAUGACGCCCAAGUGAAAUGCUGUGUAUCAAAUUCAUCUGCAUGGAAGUCCGAUAGCCCUUCUGGAAAUGGUCUUGACAGUGUAUCAAAUGAAAGAAGGAAACGUGCAAAGUUACGACUCUUUGAUAAGAGCGCUAAUGGCACCACAAAUCGCCGCCCGACGUUAUCUUCAACCAGUGCCUGUUUGCUUGUCUAUGUUUUGAGUGAUAAUAUGUAUCGCUUUGGUGACUUGGAAGAGAGUCGUUUACCAGAUCUGCUGCAAGACAUUAUCAAUUUGGAAAACUCAGAACUGGAUAUUGCGUUUGAAGUGGAGAAAGCUUCGGUUGAUUCUAAAGUUUCCGAAAUGGAAAGACAAAAGUCUGAAUACCUAAGCUUAUUGCCAAAGCUUUCCGCACGGACUUGUAUAGAAACUUCAGAUUUGGUUUCAUAUGGUUAUAUUCCAACCAGUUGGUUAAGGGAAUGGGUCAAAGUGAGAGAUGGAAGUAUGAUGCCGAUAGAUUGCUCACCUUAUAUAUGUGAACACGGUGGUUUGAAUCCUCAAAGUAUCAUCCAUGUGAAAAGAGUAGCGCAAGAAGCUUUUGAUUGGUUGAUCGAAAAGUACGGAGCCAAUUCUUUGCUGUUAAGAGGUCCACAAUGCCACUGUAUGGUAUGUGUAGAUAACCUGAAGGAUCACGUUGCGAAUGCUGAGUUUUGGAAGCAAAGAAAUGAUGAGUUUACUUCCUAUUUGAUGAAUCCGAAAGACAAUAUUAAUGUUAUUUCUGAGAAGAAAGAUUUGAGUCCCAACUGUCCAGUUUCUUAUAUUGAAAAAAAUUUCUUCAAACGAUGGAAAAAGCUGUCAUUAUCUUGCAAACAUGGAGUGGAUUUUGUACGCAAACUUACAAAGUUGGUAAAGGAAUUUUCGCUUUCAAGAUAUUGUGUACAUGAGAAACUUAUUGUGGAAGACUGGAAAGAAAUAAGUUGCUCAUUGGGAAAGCAUCUAUAUGACCUCUUACAAUUUUUAUCACGUGACACAGAAGUACGUUUUGACUACUUUAUAGUUUUUCAAAAUGAUUCGCAUGCAACCUUUUGUGAUGAGUGUCACGAGAAAUCUACCGAAAUGAAGGAAGAAAUUUCGUCUAUUCGCCAAUUGAAAAGGCUUGAAAAAGCUUCCCUAGGGGAAUUGAUGAAACCAAAAUAUUCUCUUCAAGUUGUACGGUUCCUUGUGCAGCAAAUGAAAUACAGACAAACUGAAGGUCGUACCAGUGCGUCGAAUGAGGAGUCAAGGUAUCUUAUUUCUUCCAGUUGGUUUGAGAAAUGGUCGGACUAUUUACUUAAUAAUGGAAAGAGACCGGAGAUAUCUCCGUUAGAAGGUCUAAUAUGUGAACACAAUCUAUUGUUGUAUGAUCUUUCGACAGCGGACGAUUUAUUUGACCGGCGAGUACUAUGCGUUUCAGCUUCUUGCGGGGAAGAGAUUGUAAAAGCAUAUAUAGACGGCUAUUUUGAUGUGAAUGGAGUGAAGUUAGAACUGAAAGAAGAAAUGGAUGGUUGCUGUAAGGGAGUAUUUUCGAUACCGAACUGUUACGACUGCAUGAAGAAGAGGAAGGAUCCGGAGAAUAAGGAUGAGAUUGAGUUGGUUUUGAUCAAAGUGAACGAAAUGGAACAAGUUCAGGAUAAGAGGUAUUUAAGUUUGGACAGUUUAGAGUUGUAUUCUACUUGUAUAAAGAGUGAAAUGAUGACAACUAGGCGUUCUCGGGUGCUUAGAGUUCAAUGCAAUCGCAGCAACUCUAUUUCAGAGCUGAAGUUGAUCAUUUUUCAGUAUCUGGAUAUAGCUCCUGUAGCACAAGAACUGUAUUUGGGAAAGGGAAUGUCCUUGGUUCAUGCAUCUUCUUCACUUAAAGACUAUAACAUAUCUGAUGGCUCUUUAUUGUUUCUUUAUAUUGAUAAGAGUAAGAUUGAUAAUGGUUCGGAGGAUUUUUGUGCGUUGCCAGAGGAUUCAAAAGUGGAAUUGGGGUUUAUGGGUAGCCAACUGUUCGGACUUUAACUAAUAUCUCUUUUAUUUUGGAAACCUUUUUAUAUAUUCAAGGAAUUGUUGAGAGUAGUUUGAAAUCAUGUUCAAUAGAAACAGGUCAGCUACUGAGAUGAGGCUUGAAGAGGAAGAAUGAAUAUUCUUAACAAAUUCUGGAGUUUUUAACACACCACUACAAAAAGUUUCGUGACGUUGACCUUUUGUUAUUCAUUUUGAAAGAUAAAUGGAAGAUACUAUAUUGAUUUUGA